GGGCCUGCCGGGAAUUGGCGCCGCGCCUCUCGCUCGCCCGGGCGGCUGCUCCUCGGUGCGGCCAGGGGGCUCCACGGGGCAUGUCCGCGCCGCGCUCGCCGCGCGCCCCGCACUGCUAGCUCGUCCCGGCUGCCUGCCCGCGCCGCACCUGGCCGCGGCCUCGGAGCCCCGCUCGGGCGGCGCGCGGCUGUGGGCGCCGCGCCGGGACCGCUGCCGUCAUGGGGCUGCAGCCGCUGGAGUUCAGCGACUGCUACCUCGACAGCCCUUGGUUCCGGGAGAGGAUCCGCGCCCACGAAGCGGAACUCGAGAGGACCAACAAGUUCAUCAAAGAGCUCAUCAAGGACGGGAAGAACCUCAUCGCUGCGACCAAAAGUCUUUCAGCAGCCCAGAGGAAGUUUGCCCAUUCACUCAGAGACUUUAAAUUCGAGUUUAUUGGUGAUGCAGAAACUGAUGAUGAACGUUGCAUAGAUGCUUCCUUACGUGAAUUUUCAAAUUUUUUGAAGAAUCUGGAAGAACAGAGAGAAAUUAUGGCAUUAAGUGUAACUGAAACCCUGAUUAAACCCUUGGAAAAAUUCAGAAAAGAGCAACUUGGAGCUGUAAAGGAAGAAAAAAAGAAGUUUGACAAAGAGACAGAAAAGAAUUAUAGUAUAAUUGAUAAACAUUUGAAUUUAUCAGCGAAAAAGAAAGACUCACAUUUACAAGAGGCAGAUAUCCAAGUGGAACAAAACCGGCAGCACUUUUAUGAACUGUCUCUUGAAUAUGUAUGUAAGCUUCAGGAAAUCCAAGAGAGAAAGAAGUUUGAGUUUGUGGAACCUAUGCUGUCAUUUUUCCAGGGGAUGUUUACUUUCUAUCAUCAGGGCCAUGAACUUGCCAAAGACUUCAAUCACUACAAAAUGGAACUACAGAUCAAUAUUCAGAAUACACGGAAUCGAUUUGAAGGAACAAGGUCAGAAGUGGAAGAGCUUAUGAACAAAAUCAGGCAGCAUCCCAAGGACCACAAACGAGCAAGUCAGUUUACGGCAGAAGGCUACCUGUACGUGCAGGAAAAAAGGCCUGCUCCAUUCGGUUCCAGUUGGGUCAAACACUACUGCAUGUAUCGGAAAGCAGCCAAGAAGUUCAACAUGAUCCCAUUUGAGCACAGAUCUGGGGGGAAACUUGGGGAUGGAGAGGUGUUCUUUUUGAAAGAAUGUACCAAAAGGCAUACAGACUCCAUUGACAGAAGGUUUUGUUUUGACAUAGAAGCUGCUGACCGGCCUGGCGUUUCCCUGACUCUGCAGGCGUUUUCAGAAGAGGAAAGGAAGCAGUGGUUGGAAGCUCUGGGCGGAAAAGAAUCUCUGUUCCAUAGUUUUAAUAGAGCUAUCAUCCCACGACCGGAAGGAAGUGCACAGUUGGAUAAGAUGGGAUUCACAAUUCUCAGAAAAUGCAUCAGUGCAGUUGAAACACGAGGUAUAAAUGACCAAGGAUUGUACAGAGUUGUGGGGGUGAGUUCAAAGGUCCAGAGACUUCUGAGUAUGUUGAUGGAUGUAAAAACAUGCAAUGAGGUGGACCUGGAGAAUUCCAUCGAUUGGGAAGUGAAGACAAUAACGAGUGCCCUGAAACAGUAUUUGAGGAGUCUUCCGGAGCCUCUCAUGACCUAUGAGUUGCAUGGAGAUUUCAUUGUUCCAGCCAAAAGCGGCAGCCCAGAAUCUCGUGUCAAUGCUAUCCAUUUCUUGGUGCACAAGCUGCCAGAGAAAAAUAAAGAAAUGUUGGAUAUUUUGGUGAAACACUUGACAAAUGUUUCAAAUCACUCCAAGCAGAACCUAAUGACGGUGGCAAAUUUAGGAGUGGUGUUUGGACCGACUCUGAUGAGGCCACAGGAAGAAACGGUUGCUGCCAUCAUGGAUUUGAAGUUUCAGAAUAUUGUUGUGGAAAUCUUAAUUGAAAACCAUGAAAAGAUUUUUCGGACCCCGCCUGAUGCCACAUUCCCUGAGACCACCUGCUUGUCAGCGUCACCCCCAAAUGCUCCACCAAGGCAAUCAAAGAGACAAGGCCAGAGGACGAAGAGACCUGUGGCUGUCUAUAAUCUUUGUCUUGAGCUGGAAGAUGGUGACAGUUCCAACCCUCCUAAGGAGGACACCCCUACCAGCAGUGCAGACUCACUGUCCUCCCCGUCGCCCACGACUGCAGCUGUGCAUGGGCCUCCUGGACCAGACAAAAACCACCUUCUGGCAGACGGAGGCGGCUCUGGGGACUGGGCAUCCCCCAUCCCAAGUCAGACGCGGUCACCUAUGGUCCAGUGGCUUAACCCACAGUCUCCGACCACACCAAGCUCCGACUCGGCUGUUACUCCUCCUUCACCCAGGUCGUCUCCUUUCCCUCUCUGUCCUCCUGCCCCCAUAGUGGACAAGCCUCCUGAAAGCGUCACCAGUCGGAAGGCUCGCGCCGUGUACCCAUGCGAAGCGGAACACAGCUCGGAACUGUCUUUUGAAAUAGGAGCGAUUUUUGAGGAUGUGCAAACCUCGAGGGAACCUGGCUGGCUAGAAGGGACUCUGAACGGCAAGAGGGGGCUGAUUCCACAGAACUACGUCAAACUGCUGUAGCCCGGGCCUUUGGGAGCCGCGCUGACCCUGGCACCCAAGGACCUGCCUGGGCGUGGUGAGCUGCCUUCCUCCUCCCGGGCUGGACCCCAACUCUCCCACCUCCACUCCCGGGAAUUACAAAUCGUGAUCAGCACCGGGGUGCGGGGGGCAGGGGGAUGCGACGCACAGAACCACGUAGAUUUGUGCAGCAGGCGAAGAACAUCAGGAUUAGCAGAAUGGACUCUUCAUACAUCAAGCAUCAGGACUUGUGGUUUUUAAUUAACUAGCCUAUAGAACGAGAGGGAGGGCAGCCUGUUGCCGCCCCCACCGGCAGUCACACGGCCAGAACUCCCGAGACCCCUGUCCUCCCCGCUCCCGGGCACCUGCUGCUGAGAUUUAAAGGGAACUGUGCUUCCUCGCAGUGUUACGUUGCAAGGUGCACGCUUGGCUCUAGCUGCCUGUGCCGGGGGGGAAUGGUCUCUACCGAGAGGGAAGCAGGGAUGCUCUCUGCAAGCCUGCUCCUUCCUAGACGGCCGCCCUGGGGACCCCUCGCACACGUGCCCAGACAGAGCACACCAGCGCAUUUAUAACGGGCUUCUCGUCGGUGCUCCUCACCUGUGUGCUGUUUUCCAGACACCACCUUUCUGCCUCAAGGUCUCUGUAAAUGAAAUAAAAUGUAAUUUACUAUUUGA